AUGGCCAUGUUGACCGUUCUUCUGCUUCUCAGUGCUGCCUUUGCUCUGGGAGACGCAAUUUCAUCAGGAAACCGCUUGUGUCCCCCCGGUUGGACUCACUAUGGAUCACGCUGCUUCAUGUUUGGCAAGACUGCAAGGACCUGGCCUGAAGCAGAGGAGAUUUGUAAAUCCCUUGGAGCAAACCUGGCAUCUGUGCAUAGCUCUGAGGAGGCGCAAUUUCUACAGGGGGUGGUGUUUUCCAUGACUGGCAGUUUCAGUCCUACCUGGAUUGGAGGAAUGGAAGCUUUUGGGGGACUGGUGGGAAAGGACAGGAUAUGGUUCUGGAGUGAUGGAGCUAACUUUGAUUACCAGAACUGGAAUCAAGGAGAGCCCAAUAACAAUGGUUGCAGCGAGCGAUGUAUUGUGAUGAACUUUGGAGGUGAACACUGCUGGAACGAUCUAGAAUGUGAAAACGUAUUGCCCUCUGUGUGCUCCCGGAGAACCAGUUAAAUCAGCAACUCAUCAGAUGAAACCAAAAAUGUUACACUAUUGUCAGCAUCCUAACUGAACUUUUUAUGAUUAAAUCUAAUACUUUGGAGAUUAUUUGUUGGUCAUAAAUGUUGAGUAAUGAUUUUGUGGCUUGUCAAUAAAACUGGUGUACACGUUA